CGUACGCCAGACAGAUUUGUCCCUCGGCGUGACAGCGAUGAGCCCAGCAGGCAGGUGUAUCAGACAACGAAGUCUUUGCAAGACCUCUCGCCGACCGAGAAGUUGCUGAGAAGGAAGAGGGCCCCUUUGAAUCCAUUCUCAACGCCUCCACGCCCUCAGCGCCCUCAGCGCCCUCAGGCACGUGUCUCCGACGAAACUCGCGCACCAUUGGCUGGUCAGCCCCAGGGCCGAGCGAGGAGCCCUUCUUCAAGCAUCUACUCGACCACGAGACUGCCAAGCCAAGGCAAUGUAUGGAUAGUAGGCGGCCUGGCUCCUGGGACAGAGACGGCGGAAAUAGAUCGUAACCAUCGUCGACCGGCACGAAGUAGCACAUCGGCUCGUCUCUUCACCAUGUCUGUGAAUACAACGAGACCCAGCCGCCGUGAUGAUGAUUCGCAUUUUUACCACGGCCGCGUUGCAUCUGCGCUAAGGAUUGACCGCAUUCGCCGAGUACUGGACUUUACCUGCCGCCAGCCUGCUGCCCCUGAUUUUCCCAUUCGCACAAUGUCAAUGUUAGCAGACCUGGAGCAUGCUUCUUGGACAGGCGCUGAUAAUGACAACGAUCCAUAUGAAUCUCCCCGAAACUACAGCCCGUUGCCCCGUCGGUCUCUCCCUGCGGCUCCUUUCCGGGUACUCGAUGCUCCGGACCUGCGCGAUGAUUUUUACUGCUCCGUUUUGGCCUAUUCACCAGUCUGCCAAAAGCUCGCAGUCGGCCUCGGAAAUGUAUUAUAUGUCUGGUCUGAAGGGACUGGACCUCGGCCCAUGCAUGGAUCUCCUUCACACAACGUAUGGCUGACAUCGGUAUCCUUCUCCUCUAUUCAAGGAGGUAAAUGCAUCCUAGCUAUUGGACGUUCAGACGGAUCCUUGGUGCUCAAGUCCAUCUAUGAUGGUCUCCCUCGCUUCCAGGUACAACAGCCUUUUCCAAUAUCUUGCGUGAGCUGGCGUCCGACAAACACCAUGAGGCCUUCUAGAAACCCGUUCAAUCCCGGUAUUGCCGUGCAGACUGAAGAUCUGAUUGUCGGCGAUGAUACCGGCGUGAUAUACUACUAUGUAGUAGAGUGGCCGAUGGGCUGGGAGGUGACGCGAGACACCUGGCCUGGGACAAUCUAUCUCAUUGCCAAGGUUUCACUUCAUAACCAGCAGAUAUGCGGUCUGGCCUGGUCACCAAACGGGAAGCUUUUUGCCUCUGGAGGAAACGAUAACUUAUGCUGUCUUUUUGAUACAGACAGCGUGCUUGUCGAAAAGCAGGAGUCAGUCCCAAACAGCUCGCGUUGGUUGGGAUGGCAUUUGGCAACUGAAGGCACCAAAGCGGGCUAUGUUGACCAGACUAGAGGCUUCGACGUACGCCCUGCAAGACCAUUGUCGACCCCGAUUCGGAGGCUGGGCCCCGGAUCAGAGAAGCAUCGUUGGAUACACAAAGCUGCAGUCAAGGCCAUUGCAUUUUGCCCUUGGCGCGAAGGACUGGUUGCAACGGGUGGUGGGUCUAAUAAUAAAUGCAUCCACUUCUUCCAUACAACUUCAGGCUCAGCUUUAGCUUCCAUUGCAGUUUCAGCUCAGGUGACGGCUCUUAUCUGGUCAUCGACGAGGCGCGAGAUUGCUGCCACCUUUGGAUAUACAGAGCCAGAGCAUCCAUACCGCAUUGCCAUUUUCAGCUGGCCAGAAUGCAAGCAGGUUGCAGCGAUCCCAUGGGAGGGAGAACUUCGCGCCUUAUACGCCAUCUCUUACCCCAGAUGCUUGGUAAAGUCAAACACAGUACACCCCGAUCGAAAAUCUCGCGAGGGAUGCAUAGUUGUCGCUUCAAGCGACAAGAGUGUGAAAUUCCAUGAAAUCUGGUGUAAUGAAGGGAAGAUCGUGGGGAGGGGAAGAGGGAUGCUGGGGGGCAGUGAUAUUCUCGAAAGUCUCGAGGGUAUUGACAAAGAAGGAGAUGUAAUCCGGUGA